GGUAAGCGUCCGCGUCCACUUCCUCUAAAAUGGGUGCCUUCAAGAGAAAACGUGGAGUAGAUGCCGGAGCCGGGAAAACUGGAAAAAAAGUUAAAUUUUCUGAAAAUGACAAACGAAAACAGAAAUCUGGUCCUGACCAGGAGCCAAACAAAGAAAUUAGCAUUCCAGCACCGGUUUCUAUGGGUAAGUGGACGAACAAAGAAAGGGUUCUCUUGUUUUCCUCCAGAGGUGUCGACUUCAGAACCAGGCACCUUAUGAAUGAUCUGAGGACAUUGAUGCCUCACACAAAGCCAGAUACAAAAAUGGAUCGAAAGGAUAAACUGUUUGUUGUAAAUGAGGUUUGUGAAAUCAAAAAUUGCAACAAGUGUAUCUUUUUUGAAGCCAAAAAGAAACAGGACCUCUAUUUGUGGUUUUCCAAUGUUCCACACGGACCUUCAGCCAAGUUUUUGGUUCAAAACAUUCACACUCUGGCGGAGCUGAAGAUGACUGGAAACUGCCUGAAAGGAUCAAGGCCCCUGCUGUCAUUUGACCCUAAGUUUGAUAAAGAGCCACACUAUGCGCUGCUGAAGGAGUUGUUCAUCCAGAUUUUCGCUACCCCUCAGUACCACCCAAAGAGCCAGCCAUUUGUAGACCACGUCUUUUCUUUCACGAUAGCAGAUAACAGGAUAUGGUUCCGUAAUUAUCAGAUCAUCGAAGAGGAUGCUUCUCUGGUGGAAAUCGGGCCACGCUUUGUGCUGAACCUCAUCAAAAUUUUCCAGGGAAGCUUUGGUGGUCCAACUCUCUAUGCAAAUCCCCAUUUCCAGUCCCCAAAUAUGCAUCGGAGAAUGAUCCGUCUCGCCACAGCCUCCAGGCUGAAGGACAAGCAGAAGGUGAAGGAGCUCCAGAAGAUGAAGAGGAUUGAGGAGAAGGAGCCCCUGCCCCAGGAUCCCACAGAUGAUGUGUUUGUGACUCCUGCGGAAGAGAAGCCUUCCGACGUACAGUUGAUGCCUCCAGAGCCCAAACUGGUGAAGAAGAAGAAAAAGGAAUUUAAACGGCAGAGAAUGUUAAAGAAACAGAGACUUUAAAGCAGUACAGAUUUGAGAGCUGAUAAACCUUUGUCCACCUGUUUCUCUCAGUGUAGCUCUUUGAAAUUGGCAGUACUGUUCAGUUGCAUCUAGUAAACAGUUAAACACUGAUGUCCAAGUUUGUCUUUCAAAGUGUAAUGUAUGUCCUUCUUUCAAUAUACAGUGGGUAUAUCAAAAUGUUCACCCUUUGUUGCCCUAAAGCCCAAGAAGAAGAUAAAUAAAAUCGGAUUUUUCCAGUUUUA